GAUUGACACAGGGAGAGAGAGAGCUAUAAAUAGCCCUUCUACCUCCGCCGCCGCUUUCUCUGCGUCGUUCUUCUUGGCCGUGCAGGAGGAAGAGCAAGGGGUGAGUGAGAAAUGGUGUCGCUCAAGCUCCAGAAGCGGCUCGCUGCGAGCGUCCUCAAGUGCGGAAGGGGGAAAGUCUGGCUCGAUCCCAAUGAGGUCAACGAGGUCUCCAUGGCCAAUUCCCGCCAAAAUAUUAGGAAACUUGUGAAAGAUGGUUUUAUCAUCAGGAAGCCAACUAAAAUUCACUCACGUUCUCGUGCAAGGAGGGCUUUAGAAGCAAAAAGAAAAGGACGACACUCUGGAUAUGGUAAGCGUAGGGGUACAAGGGAAGCAAGGCUCCCCACAAAGGUGCUCUGGAUGCGAAGGAUGCGAGUUCUGAGGCGUUUGUUGAAAAAGUACCGUGAAUCCAAGAAGAUUGACAAGCACAUGUACCAUGAUAUGUACAUGAAAGUUAAGGGUAAUGUAUUUAAGAACAAGCGAGUCCUCAUGGAAACCAUCCACAAGUCUAAAGCUGAAAAGGCCAGAGAGAAGACUUUGGCAGACCAGUUCGAAGCUAAACGUGCAAAGAGCAAGGCCAGCAGAGAAAGGAAGAUUGCUAGGAGGGAGGAACGCCUUGCUCAGGGACCUGUGGAAAGAGCCCCUGCCGCCGCACCUGCUGCCCAAACAGAAGCUCCCAAAAAGGCUAAAAAGUAGAGUAUCUGUCGCUGGAUAGGUCAGAGGGGAUGCUGUUGCCGUAGUUUCUACAAUUUGUUUUGCAAACAGUAACAUGUUGGGAAAAUAACUGUUAGAACCUCUUGUAUUACCUUUUUUUGUUUGCUCCAAAUUACAUAUUAUGGACCUGAAACCUAAGUGUUAACUUUCUAAUCGUGGUAUUGAAUUUUGUGUAUGAGUUUCUUGUGCUUAA